AUGCGAGCCUAUUGGAUGCCUUCGGCCACGCCUGACGCGCCCAAGAAAGUCGAUCCCCCUCCCACUGACACCACGUGUCCAGAAGGCUGCGGGAAGCUUCGUCUCAAGGACCUUUUCCCAAUUGUUUUCACGCCGCUGCCGCCGCCGGACCAGCCGCUUGGCUUCGGCGGAGGCUCGGGCAGAGCCGUGGAGGGGGGUGGUGCUGCUGGGAGUGGGAAAGGGGGGGAGAGGAGGGGGUUGGUGGAGCUGGCAUGUGGAGGGACGGGGUAUGCGGGGCAUGGGGAUGGGCUGGUGGCGAAGGCGUUCAAGCCGCUGGGGAGUGGGCCUGCUGCUGCUCCUCCUAUCAAACCCACACGGCUGCUCUGA